UUUACUUCUAGUUCUGAGGAGGAAGAUUUUGAAAAUGAAGCUACUGAAGAGGAAGAUUCUGAAGAGAAAUCACGUACAACUCAAGAAAUCUGUAAAAAAAAACCCAGUAAAAUUCCGCCUUUGCCCACAUUAUCAAUUGUAAAACAGACACAGACGCUACCAGAAAAGAAAAAAAAGAUAUUUCACAAUCAAACAAGCAAUACUGAUAUUAAUUCAUCAUUAUAUAAUUUUAAUAAAUAUAGUACGAAGGAAUCUUCCAGUAGCGUGCAAUCUGAUAUUUCAUGUACGGGCAAACAAUCUACAUCAUCAUGUAAAACAGAUUUUCAAACAGAAAUACUUCGCAAACUGAACAUUAUUAUUCAUCAAGUAAAAAUGGUGGACAAGAGACUGGAGAUUCACGAAGAGCAAUGUCGUUUCAGCCUUGACAGACGUGAAGAUGAUAUUCUUCAAGAUGAAGAAAUAGGAUUACCUUUGCAUAAUGAUUGA